AUGGGUCGUGUAAGGCGAGACAGUCUAGCAACAACAGAAGAGAUAAUUGACGGCAAAGCAAUAUUUACUAACUCUAAAGACUCCUUUACGAAAUUUAAAGAUUCCUCGUUCGUGAACAACAACGUGGUUGGAACCAAUGCCUUCUCUCCUAUUAACCUUUCUCACCUGUUAUCUCUUCGUCUGAUAUUUUUCAAAUUAGGUGUAGACGGUCGCUGGAUACAAUGUGAUAAUUCAUCACGCAGUAGCGGAAGCUCACACAAGAAGUUAAAAACUUCAAAUGGGUCAGUUUCACGCAUAACGCCACCUCCUUUUGAGCCUUCUGCUCCCUCAGAGGAUCAUGAUGACAUUGAGACUAUAGAAGUAGAAAAAGACCAAACAACUCUGAAUCUGCAUGACAACAUUAGCAGCACAGAUAUCAACGAAUUACCAAAAAGGCAAACAUGCAAGUUUCAAAAAAACGGCAUAUCCCAGAAACUUAAUAACAAUCAUAAUUUCAACGAUAAUUCCGUCACCGUUUCCAAUGGAAAUGGUCACGGUGGUCGCAAAGAGAAAAGGACAUCAUUCGUUACCACCACCACCACUGACGCAGAACUACCAAUAUUAUUUCACCCGUAUAAUUGGUCUCAUCCUGUUUCAUACAACCGCGCACUUCAUCGUGUAGCCCAGAUACGUGAGUUUAUCUUGACUCAUUGUCCAGCUGCUGCUUCUUCGUCGCCGCUAUCGUCGUCAUCGGUUAACGGUGUUAAAGUUAAUGGCAUUGGAAUCGACGUGAUGGAAGAUAUAGUUGAGAAUACGAAUUUUCCUGAAUCAUCAAUAAGAAUUGCGAUUGAUUUGUGGAAUAAACUGGAAAGGUUGGAGAAGUCGUAUAACAAAAAAAAACCUUUCAUUACAAAAUCAUAA